GGUGACGGUGCGGAACAAUGCCCAGUGGUAUCCACCUUGCAUACGUUCAGUAUAGCGGAUGAUGUCUGUCGAAUGUGGUACAGGGAAGCUUCUAAUCCUGCCACAAGGAUACGGGGUCUGUCGUCGGAGGUUUGUUCGGAGACGAGGACGAGGAUGUCUUGCAGGUCGACUCUGGGCCGCGGGAUAGCGUACGGGAAGAGGUCGCCGUAUUUGCGUGGGGCAGAGACAAGGACAUGGAGGUGGAACGUCCUUGUCCCCGGUAGUGUUUUGAGCGCGUCGAGGAGGGCGUCGCGGAGUUUCAUGACGAGUGCUCUCGAAAGAGGUCGUCGGACUCGCUCUCGGCGUCUCGACACCUCCAGCCAGCUUCCUCUCGCUCGCCCCUUCCGCUCAUGAGGCCCCUCGCCCGCUUUGCGUCAUGUUCCAUACGCUCGAUACGGCGAAUGCAUACCCGCCAUAGUCAUCAGGGUUCGUCUUUGCGCACCACCCACUUCGGUUACAAGACCGUCCCGGAGGAGGAAAAAGAGGGGCUCGUCAAGAACGUCUUCAACUCUGUCGCGAGCUCAUAUGAUCUCAUGAAUGAUGCCAUGUCCUUUGGCAUUCACCGUCUAUGGAAAGACACGUUUGUUUCCUCUCUGGCGCCAGGGAAGAACGGGCCCAUGCGGUGUCUAGACGUCGCUGGUGGAACUGGCGACAUUGCUCUGCGAAUCCUUGACCACGCGAGAGAGACGUACGCCGACAGAGAGACCGUCGUCGAGGUCGCUGACAUCAACACGGAGAUGCUGAAGGAGGGAUAUAAACGAUUCAAGAAGACUAUGUAUCACAACACACCGCAGGUUUCGUUUCAUGAAGCGAAUGCGAUGAAGCUCCAAUUCCCUAGCGAUACGUAUGAUUUAUAUACGAUCGCGUUCGGUAUUCGCAACUGCACAUCAAUACCUGAUGUGCUGCAAGAAGCGCACAGGGUGCUUAAGCCUGGCGGUGUUUUCGCUUGCCUAGAAUUCAGCAAAGUCAACAAUCCGCUACUAGCCACUGUGUAUGAUCAGUACUCGUUCUCCUUGAUCCCACUUAUGGGAACAAUCCUCGCCGGAGAUCGCGACUCCUAUCAAUACCUGGUUGAGUCUAUACGGAACUUCCCAGCCCAGGCUGAUUUUGCAAAAAUGAUUCAAGAAGCGGGCUUUGCGACAGGAGAGAUGCGGGAAGGCAAAGGAGGGGCCUGGCGUGAUCUCACCGGAGGUGUUGCUUGCAUACACACUGGGGUUAAGCUAUAAUAUAAUCCUAUAUCUAAUCCUUUUCUGCAAACCCCUCAUAAAC